AUGUCGGCUUCAGGCCAGCCCAUCGCUUUGAUCGAUGCACGGUUGGUUGUUCAGGGAAUUGAGAAACGAACAAUGAAAAUCACUGCAUCAAACGAUCCUCAUCGGCUUUCCAGACGUCACUGGGCAGCAGGACGUACGGAGUACAAGGGUCCAUACCAAGUCGAUACACAUCCGGAUAUUUACGAUACCGGGUGCUCCCUACUGAGUACUGUGCAACAAAUGACAUUUUCUUCCCGGACAAACCAAAUUCAGAAUAAGAAUCCUAUCGGAAAUGCAAGCAACCGGCAAUCAACGUGCAUGGAUAUCUCGAGCAGAGGUUGGGCAAACUGCUUCCGACGAUACAUGCGUAAUGUAACCUCACCUCAAUCCAUACAUUUACAACGUGUACGGAGGACGAAGCAGGAUUGCGGGGAUACAUUGCGCAACGUCUGCCUCAACUUCAUCGCCCGCCGAGAUGAUGUCAUUCAAAGUACCAUAUUACGGAUUGUGCUGUGCAUACGGGGUACAGGACACCCAUCCACGUUCUCUGUAUCGUUACCUGAUGGUAAAACUCCCGCCAACAAAUCACCUCCCACGGAGCACAGCAGACAAAGAUUGUCGGUCAAUGCAGAUCUGUCUUCGGGUUGA